GUUAAAAAGCUUGAAAAAACGCCAUGACCAAGAAUCAAAGAUUGAGACCGAGUUUUCUCUUUAGAACUGACAUGAACUCCUCUUUCAGCUCUCUGAGCUCGAGCUCGAGCUCGCUGGGGAUAGGCGAUGUUCUUUGUACGAUGGUGACGAUAUUAAGUGGCGUUAUUGAGGUUAUGAUAUUCACCAUCGCCGGCUGUUGCUUUGGUCUCCACCGUCCACGAAACUGCAUCUCUUACAAAGUCAACGACGUCGUUCGUCUAGCAAACAACUCUCUCUUUAGUGUAAACGAAAUCGAGGCCUUGCGUGAAUUGUUCAACAAGUUAAGCAACUCGAUCAUUGAAGAUGGCCUAAUUCAUAAGGAAGAGCUUAGAUUGGCGAUUUUCAAAACUGCUGCAGGUGAAAAUCUUUUUCUGGAUAGAGUAUUUGAUGUUUUUGAUAAGAAGAAAAAUGGAGUCAUUGAAUUUGAGGAGUUUGUCCAUGCACUUAGCAUAUUUCAUCCUAGUGCCCCUCUAAUGGACAAGAUUGAUUUCGCAUUUAGAUUGUAUGAUUUGAGGCAAACUGGGUUUAUCGAACGGGAAGAAGUGAGGCAGAUGGUAGAGGCCACAUUGUUGGAAUGUGAUAUGAAAGUAUCAGAGGAAACUGUUGAGGCUAUCGUUGACAAGACAUUUGCAGAUAUUGAUGUUGAUAAUGAUGGUAAAAUAAACAAGGAUGAAUGGCAAGCUUUUGUUCUUGGGCAACCAAAACUCCUCAAGAACAUGACACUCUAUCAAUUAAAAGAUAUUACCACCAUGUUUCCAAGCUUCAUCUUCAACACUGAAGUUGAAGACUGAAAAAGGGUAGUUAAUUGGUUACUUCUAUUCAAACAAGUACUGUCCACCACCACCUGCCACAGUGGGGUGGCCACUUGUGCCAUUCUGAGAUAUUUGAAGCUGGGCAAAAAAAAAGUGGCAUCAUCACCUCUCAAUUUUUUAAUUUUUUUUUAAAUUAAGCAACCGCAACUGAUUUGUAAGCUGUCUUCGAAAUGUAAAUGUAAAUAUGAAUAUAUAUUAACAUUGUGGAUGUCAUCAUAAUUUGAGUUAUCAAUUUCCUAGGGCUUUUCGUAGGAAAUGUGUUCGACCAAGAUGAUCAA